AUGUUACGUGAUAUGUUUAAUGGUCGCAUGGAAAUUCACACAGACUCUGAAGGGUGGAUAUUAAUAGACAGGUGUGGUAAACACUUUGGAACUAUCUUAAAUUUCUUAAGAGAUGGUUCGGUCCCAUUACCUGAGAACACAAGAGAAAUGGCGGAAUUACGUGCAGAAGCAAAGUUUUAUUGUAUCAGUGCAUUAGUUGAGUCUUGUGAGCAAUCACUUCUUCGAAAGAAGAGGGAAGCAGAACCUAUUUGUAGAGUUCCACUAAUUACUUCUCAAAAAGAAGUGCUAGUAUUAGUUACAAACACUACUAAACCAGUAGUGAAGUUGCUUAUUAAUAGGCACAAUAAUAAAUACUCAUACACAAUUACAUCAGAUGACAAUUUGUUAAAAAAUAUAGAACUGUUUGACAAAAUGUCCCUCACAUUCAGUGGUAGAGUACUAUUUAUUAAAGAUGUGAUUGGCUCCAGUGAAAUAUGUUGUUGGACAUUUUAUGGCCAUGGCCGUAAAGUUGCAGAAGUUUGUUGCCAUUCCAUUGUAUACACAACUGAUAAAAAACACACAAAAGUUGAGUUUCCAGAGACCCGAAUUUAUGAAGAGACAUUGAAUAUUUUGUUAUAUGAGAACCGAAAUGGUCCUGACCAAGAACUGAUGCAAGCAACUUCCUCAUGUGAUACAGGCAGUAGUGCACCGCCUUGUACAUCAGACGAAGAAGAGGGUGAGCGUUCAAGCUUGGCUCGCCUUCGCUCCAACAAACAAAACACCAACUGACCCAACCUUGCCCCAUUUAUCAGAAUUCUGCAACGGGCGAAGCUAUUAGGGUUGACUCCUUCCACAUCAGGGCUAUCUGGGCAGGCUUCCACCAUAUUAGGACUACACGCACCGGGCUGUCUCAGGGUUUCCAAACCCUGACAAUUCGAGUUUGGGCUCCAUACGCCUUUUGGCCCAAGUUUUAGCCCGGUGCGUCGGUCGGCCCUGUGGGCUCCGAUAGUUCGAACAGAGUCGAACGCUAGUAGUACGGCAAUUUUGACCUGCGUUUGGUUUUGUCGUCCCACAUCUCUCUGCCCUAUUUACAAUUAUUAAUUAAUACGAUAUAUCUAACAUCAUGCAUAGACUUCUUGAUUACACAUCGGAUUAUAAAAUCGUUAAUAUAUGCAGGAAAUCGAACUAUCCGAUAAAAAUAAAAAAUGAACGAAAUGUUUAUAAUGCUUUGUACUUUAAAACAUUUUACAAUCUGAUGUGGUGGUGGUCAGCCUUAAUAGCCUGGCCCAUUGUAGUACUCUGCCUUUUACCAUUCCUUAUCCAAGACUUAGCGUCAUUCAAGUUCU